UGCUUGGCCAUUCAGAGAUUUGAGAGCAGAAGAAGAAUCAACGUUUGCAAUAAGUUUACUAUAUUGACGAUGUACGGUGACAUAAUUUACGGAGAUCCAUGGACAACUGGCUAUCCACCUCGACGUGGUCAUAACGAAGGAAACCUCUUCAUGAGCUCGGGGGAUUUUCACGGAGAAAGACCGUUUCCCUUUUGGGAAAACCCAGCAGUUUACUUUCCACCUGCCAACCCCCAAAAAGUUUCCACAAGGAAGAUAACGAGACGGGCUCCAAAGGAUAAACAAACGUUGGAUGAUACGAGAGUCCCAUUGCAGCACAAUGCAAGGGAAAACCCCUUUUCGAGGCACGAGGGUACGAAACCGAAAGGGGACACAAUGCAAACGAGUUCAUCACGGCCAAAGAAAACCCAAGAUGAAUGGAAUAUACCUAUUGAGUAUCAACCCCAGGAAGAAACUGUGACGACCAACGACUCUAGCGAGGAGGCUUGGAGGGAAGAUCAUUGUGAUGCCACAAAUGCACUGAUUACAGAUAAUGAAGAACAAACCGCGGGCGAGACUGCAAAGACCUCAGGCGAACACAGGUGUAUUCCAGUGACCACAGAGGACGAAAGUGCAAAGGAAAGUCGACCGGUAGUGAAUAAUCAAGAUGACUCACCACCCGAAAUACAAACUGCAAACGAACAGAAACUUGCGGCAAUCAAGAAUGAAUUGGUGCGAGCCACAGAACUGAUUUCCAGGGUGGUGGCCUUUAAAGGAACAAGGAAAGACAAAGAAUUCCUUUAUUUAGAAGAAUAUCUAACUCGUUGCUUACUUGGUCUAGACUUAAUCGAAACAGACGGACAAGAGAAUGUAAAAUGCGCUCGAAGGGCAGCCGUGAAAUAUAUUUAUUCGAUUCUCAAUGAUCUAGAAGAUAGAGUCAGUGAAAGCUAGGGGUACUUGAUAGACAUGAUCAGUAUGAUUAUGUUGCUUUCUAAAAUGCAAACUCGAUCCAAACUCGAGGUGCUUCAAUUUGGAACACUGCUUCUGUUCAGUGGUAUAUUAUUUUGCGUCAAUAGUAAAAAAGAAGAUCAAUGUUGACAAUCAGAUCUUAGUCUAAUUUUAGUAAGAAUUGUAAUGCAACCUCUGUCAAAACUCAAACAAAGAACGUGAACAAAUUUAGGGGGUUUUUUAUUUUUAUUUUUUUAUUUUGCAUGGAGUCAUUCCUGGAUUUAACUGUAAAUAAAAUUUUAAUGCAAGUGUGUUA